AUGGCGAAACGCCACAGACGCAGAUUCCUAGCCGGAAGCCGUUCUGUUGAAAAUGUACCUAGCCUGGAUCAAGUUACCAGCAUUAAAUCUUACAGAGCCAGGGGAUGUGAUUUAGCAGGCUCUACUGGUACUCUGGGGACAUAUACACCACGAGCGUUAUUCGACCGACCUGAAAUCGGACAUAUAUUCUACCUCAAUCGUAGCGAAGGAGGUGGUCGCAACAUACAGCACUUUCGUUUCGCGGCGACCGGAUUAACUGCAGAUUUUAAUAAUCGAGUAACUUUCAUACCGGCAGAUUUAAGCAAUCCUUCUCCUGGCGUUGAAGAGGGAACAUACAACAAAUUGCGUUCUCGAGUUGGACUCGUUAUCCACAACGCUUGGCCAGUGAACUUCAACUUGGAAUUGCAAGCUUUUCGACCGCAUAUGGCUGGACUGGUGAACCUAUUUGCCCUCUCAGCAGCUUCUACGACGCAGAGGAUGCGUAUUGUUUUCAUCUCUUCGAUAGGCGCUAUGGCAGGACGGUCAGUUGAUUCCGGGGCGGCCCCUGAAGCGGUACUCGAGCGCCUCGAUAGCUCCGCUGCCAAUGGAUACUCACGGAGCAAAUUUACAUCUAAACACCUUUGUAACAUUGCUCCCAAGCACUUGGAUAUUCCUAUCACAAUUACGCGGGUCGGCCAAGUCGGCGGUGCCGCUCGCCAUCCCGGCUUGUGGAAUCCCUCCGAGUGGCUCCCGAGUCUUAUCGUCAGCUCUUUACACCUUAGUUAUCUACCCAGUGACCUAGGGCCCCGAUUCUCCGAGGUCGACUAG